CGGAACGCAUCUCCCAUCGCCCUCCCCCUGUCACGGCUGCUGCCAAGCGGAACUUUGCGCCCUCCAGUACAUCAGAAGAAAAUACCUCCAGUGUCUCAGCUACGAGUGGAGACCGGGACAAGGCAGAGAGCAAGAUAACAGUGGUCUCAGAUUGGUACUGCCAUAUGAGGUUGUACAAGGGCAAGCUUCAUCCUCUCAUCAAGGGAGUAGACCUGAACUCUGGCAACUCGGUUACAACAAAGUUCAUCGCAGAUCGUGUGGAUGGCAACACCCUGUGUACCACCUCUGGACGCUAUGUUGUGUUGGAAGGCUCGGCUAACCAAAAGGCUGUCAUGGCCGAAGGCUGGCCGAAGAGAAUUGCAAAGCUUUUCUUGCACAAGUUCCCGCGGACUUGGAAACAUUUGCUCAACACCGUGUCGGAGCACCUUCUCAGCGCAAGGAAAAGCUCGUCACGUUCCAGAAGCUCCGAUGGUGGAACGAGGACGAGAGGGAGCACAGAAUCAACAUCAGUAUCGUCACCACCGCCUCACUCCAGACGUUCCUUCUCCUCUCCCGUGCUACAGCGAUCACGCAAGGCCACGCACAACCCGCAGCAGCGAAUCGUCUCGCCGCUAAAACCCACCUCCGUCUUCUCGCGUACCCAUCUCUCGUCACCGUCGAAGUCCGCCACGUCCGUGUUCCAAACUCAUGUCUCGCCGCCACCACCGCCUAAGCCCACACACGUCUUCUCGCAAGCCCAUCUCUUGCCGCCCUCGCAUCCAGUGAAGAAGCGUGCACGUGUCCUGUCUUCCGAGGACUCUGACGCCGUGGCCGCCGCGGACGAGGAUGGCGGCGCCUGGACAGUGUCGGAGGACGAGCGGAUUGACAGGGCCAUGUCGGAAAUUCCGCCACAUAAAUCACACUAUUGGCGCCGAGUUGCCAAGUGUGUGCGCAGCCGUUCUCCAACCGCCUGCCAACUUCACCACCAGGAUACGUCUCGCUACCGAAUCAGAGCCCCAAAGGCGAAGAAGACGAAAGCAACAGUGGCGGCGACGACAACGACGAGCAAAGAGCAAAAGCCCCUUGGUCCAGUCCUCACUGCAGCUCCCGGGACCCUGAAAAGAAAAGAACAAUUACGUCAAAUCCUGCAGCAGGAGAGUGAAAACUACAAGGAUGACUAUUUCGAUGCACGAAAACCCAAGAAGGUCAAGGUCAAUCGCAGGCUGUCACUGGCGGAUUCCGACAGCAACAACGACGACCUGCAUGCUAUCCCCGAUUCUGGUGAAGAACGAAGCAACAACAGUGAGGAUGACGAUGAUGCUAUUGAUGCGGACAAGUACACAACCUCACACUUCCUGACGCGCCCCACACAGGCUGUUGUGACGGAUCGCUACAUUCGCAAAGUGCAGUCCGGUACCUCGGGAAGGCGGCUGACGAAGAAUGUGAAUUUUGUAAAGAAAGAAGAAGCUAAAAAGCCUGCAGAGGACGUUAUGCGAGCUGCUGACUUGGUGAAAGUCCUGGCCAAAGAUGAUCCCCCCGAACCGCUGUACGACAGCUGCAGUUCAGAUGACUUGUACUUCAGUGAUAACUAGGUAGUCGCCCGGUGUAACUGGCUUCCAUCUUGCUGCUCUCGUCGCCGGCUCCCACGUCGCCGUCGAAGAACAUUCUCACCGGCCGUAUACAUCCCAUCCCGGCUCCCCCCCCCCCCCCUCCGUGUCCUCUGAGACGUAUUAUAUCUUCAAUUCUACUCACCUCCUAUGUGUUGCUAGUGCUGGUUUCUAGCAGUUUGCCACGCACGUCAGUACAGCUUGUGUUCAGUAGUACUGGGGCUGGUGGCUGCUCAUUUUAUUUUAUCUUAUCUCAUAUGUACUCGUAUAAACUUUUCGAAAUAUCCGCAGCCCCCGUCGCAGCCAAUUACAUUAUUUUAGAGUCCCUCAACACAGUCUCUUUGCGGCUUGUCACUAUGUCACCGACAAAUAAGUUUACGCUCGGCAUGCACAUUGCAGCUGUAAAUCAGAUUGGAGCUUCCAGA